GUUAGUUCGGUAUAUCAGACUCAAUUUGUCUUCUUCUCUAGUUAUUUCGUGUUAGUUCUCCUCGCCAGCCUACACACGACAGGGGCCAUCAUGACCACUGUAUGUGACUGUAGUAACGAGCGAAAGGAUGGGUUCAUCGCCUUCGACGAUGAAGACUGCCUCCUUGGAUCGGAAGAUCGCCCCCCAAAAAAUGUUACGUACACCCUGUACUCCCAUUUACCAGAAGUUAAACGAUUCCCAGGACACGUUUGUCGCAUGUGGGCGGUCACUCGAUCUAUCUUUACCGACUUCUUUGGUUGGCAUUACACUACUGAAAGUAAAAUCGAAUUCCCCUAUAACGGAUCCGUGACCAGAAACCUUCAAACGCUUAUUUGGGAAGACGCGUACAAAGAAAAACCAUGUGAUCUCAAACUAGCAGGCGAAUCGGUAAACGACGGCCUGUUGUACAAGACUCACGAUCCAAAAAUGCGGCGCUUACAGGAUCGGAUCAGCCAAACAGACUACCUCGUUAAUGUUACGAAGGAAUUAGAACGGUGUGGCAAAUCCGCCUUGUUCAGCAUAAAUGGAAUGGAAAAAAUUCUGAUUGUCAUUAACAUACCAACGCCGGAACUGUAUACCUCAUAUGCCUCGGGUUUUACAAACGCUACAGAACCACUAGCCACUCCAUUGUUAGUCGAAGUACACUCAAACGGGUCUUACGACAGCAUCGAUUCCCAGAAUACCACAGAGCGUAAGAUUCCUGCGUCAUUAGCAGCAGAGAUCAAGCAGGCGGCUCAUCAUCAAUAUACCAGGGAUCUGGCACUAGACCAAGUAAAUCGGCUGGUGAAUGAAAUUAGACGCCUCCAAUGCGAGAACCGAAAAGCAACACGCAAUAGUAUCCUCUUGAGUGCUAAGAACGAUGGGUGGUACGCGGCUACCCAACUCCAACUGCCUAGUUGUUCAAGAUUAACGGUGUAUGGAGCGCAGGUUGAGGUUGCACGUUGCGCACCUUUUAAUGUAUCCUUCGGGGCCGAGCGGACGAAAUGUGGAAAUCAGCCCCGUUUUAUGAACUUCACAAUAGCCCAUAAUGGAUGGCAACUUGUUCCAUAUCACCCAUGUUAUUGGCCCGAACCUAACUACGUCAACUUUAAUGGGAAAACUCACAUCUACGCGGAUGGUGGGUGGGUUCCGGUAAUCUCAACAGUUCCAACAAACGGCAGACGCCUGGUCGGAUUGGCGACGUAUGAAGCUGAUAAUUCUCUACAAAAUUUUUUGCAAAUGAAUCCCGCGAUGCAAAACGGGCCGUUGAGUCACGCGUCGGUGAUGGCCGACAUCUUGGCUUCUAUUCAUGAACAUUACGCAGAAAUUAACUCACGUCAAUUACUGACAUCAAACGUACUCAUUCAUCACGGCGACGCACCGAACAUUGAUUUCGUCGCUAAGAUCGGUGGAUGGGUAAAGAAUUUCGGAGCAGUCUCGGGAUUUGGCGCGUUGUCAGUAUUGGCGGUGAGAUUUUGCGGAAUCGGUUCGCUACUACUCAAGGCUUUCCCCCUCCUUUCCAAAAUCCUCCAAAUGACCCAUGUCCAUCGACGUACAACCAACAGCAGUGACCAACCCAUCCCAAUCCACCGCAUCCGCAUCGGCAGCAGUUCCACCACGCCGCUAAUGCUUACAGCUAUUGUUGUCCUAGUUUUCAGUAUUGUCACGUGUCAUUGUUUUGAUUAUCAAGUAACAACAUCUAGUGGUCUAGUGAGAAUUGAAGUGAAGAUGAAUAACAUCGACGAGUUCGAACGUCACCUUGAUGUUUUGAACGAAGUUUUAAAUAGUGACAAUGACAGUGAUGCGAAUGAGGAAGACUUGUAUGAAAAACGAAUAGAAGUGAGAAGGAGAAUGGUUCCGUUUUAUCGUCAACCUGCUGAUAUUUUUGAUCUAUUUGACGAUAAUCAAAUUUACAAAGUAUUUAGAUUCGAUAAAGCUUCUAUUUGGUAUAUCGAAGGUAUUCUCUAUUUCAUAUAA